GGCUUCUCUGUGGAGGAACUUCAAUCCUCAACGUAGGCUCGUCGGAAUAAAAAUGUCUUGUUUUUUUUCGCUUUGUACCUCGCCUGGGAAUUGUUGAGCUCAGCUGAACUGCUCAUUCAUCAACCGGUUGUGUGUUCUUCCACAGGACUAUGUGGUGACACCACUGCGUUCCCUGGAAUAUGCUUUGUCUCCAUGGUAACAGGCCUCCUGCAGACCCAGAAAAACAUCGGGCCAAGUUGAUCCUGUUUUUACCCAACAUGACAAUCAGUGAUGAUCAUUUGAAUAGGAACAACUAAAUAUUGCUGAGGUAUCACUACUCUGGAUGAUGGCAACACCACAACUGUGAAUUUUCAAGGAUCAGGAUGCACCAGCUCUUUAGCCAGGUGCUGGGCCAAAGGGAUUUGUCUAGAGCGGGAGAUUUGUUUUCUCUGGAAGAUGCUGCAAUCGAAGACUGCUUGUCAGAGGCUUUGGACCAGAUCAAGUCCAUUUCCUGUUCACAAGAUUAUUUGACCAAUGACAAUGACCAGGCUGUAGUAGAGAUUUGUAUCACGCGCAUUACCACUGCCAUCAGGGAGACAAAUUCCAUCGAGAGGCACAGCACAGCCCUGGUAGGGCUAUGGGAGUCGUGUCUGGAAUAUAACCUCACGCCUCAAGGUGACUACACUGAGGACACGCCUCACACCAAGAUAGCCUCCGACAUUACCAGCUGUAUUCUGCAGAAUUACAGUUGUCCAUCAGUCAUGGUGUUGGCUGUUCCAGUGGCGGUGCGUUUCCUGCAUAGAGGCAACAGAGAAUUGAGACGCAACAUGUCCAGUUAUAUUUCACUGGCUGCUAUAGCUGAGGUCAAUCUGCUGGCUGAACAUACAGAGGACAUAACACUCAGUGUGCUUGCAGGCAACCACAUGCUCCUCCGUGUGCUUCCUUCAGUCUACCCCAGACAACCUGAUGUCAUACACUGUCACCUUGGCAAGCUCACUGGUCUGAUGUCACAGCUGGAGUGCAUAGAACAACAACACCUGAUUAAACUGCUUCAAAUGGUGGCUGAGCAACACCCACUGAUGCUGAGCCCCCAAGUGCCUGCCCUGGUCAGUUACCUAAGCAACCAGUCUCUAAUUGAGGCCAUAUUAGGCACUCUGGUGGAUGUGUCUCAAGCCAGCCCCUCCUCGCUGGUCAGCUGUCUGCCAAAACUCAGGACUGUGGGACAACAAUGGCCUGCUCUCUUGGGUCACGUGGCGAAAAUCCAUGGUGCUGUGGGCAUCAUCAGUGAGGCCCAUGCACACAGUUGUUUGGUCUACCUAGUGUCUCUUCUGGGCAAUCCGGAACACACUUUUCAUCACAUGUUGCUACUGGAGAUCAAAGUUUUGACUGAUCGUUACCCGUCCGUGCUCGGAGGCUCUGGAAAAGACCUCUACAGGCUGAGCAACUCAUUCACUGCCAUAUCCAGGCUGCUGGGGAAGCGGCUGGAGGGGAGUGCCACCGCACGUCGUAGAGAAAAUGGACAAUGUUCGCCAUCUCCUACUGCAUCACGUCAAGAUGAAGAAGGAGCUGCAGUAGAGGGAUCUGACCAGAGGAAGCAGGUGAAGGACGGAGGUGAGGUGGAGGUGCAGGAUGAUUCUCCUGCCCCCCAGCGGAGAUACAGUCUGAACCAAGCAGCGAAGGAGGAGCAACGAGAAAUGAGAUUCAACAGGUCAAAGAGCCUGGCUCUUCAUGCUGUGCGCUUGCGAUCCAUCAACUCGGAUGGCGUGGACGACGGAGACGGAGUGGAGCUGAGUCCAGACAACAUCACCUUCACCAGCACUUUGCCCUGCCAGCAUUCAUCAGAAGACCAAGAAGUGAUGCCUCCUGCGAGGAAACUGACAGACAUUGCACCUACAUCUGCUGCCGCUUCUGUGCCAGACUGUGGGGUCAAAGAGGCAGCGAGAGCUUGUACUGAGCAGAAGAACAAAGAGGAGGAAGCGAGGGUAGCUGACAGACUGUUCAUCCAUUUAAGAGACAAUUUGGAGAUGAUCCGAGAGUUUUGUAAGGACAUGGUCCGACAGAUCCCAAUACCAGAGCAAUGUGUAAUAGAAGAAUCCAACAGAGGAUGUGUGGCCAAACUGUCAUUCUCUUGUCCCCUGAAGGCUCAUUACUGCCUGUAUGCCAAGUCCAGUUUUAACCUAAGCAGCCGGCGGCCCCAUCUUUGGAUCCACAUCAUGCUGCUCCAUUUACAGAGUAAGUCCAACAUUCCUCUGUGCUUGUCAGAUGAAUGUGUUCAGAAGUUGGCUUCUCUUUGGGGAAAGACUCAACUCAAAGGAGCUCACAGCUUCCACAUGGCAAUGACGCAACAUGCCACCCCACACAGAAAGGAACUAGACAGUCUCCAGAUGCAGCUGGAGGAGGUUCGCUUCUUUGACCUUUUUGGCUACAGUGAAGAAGAAGGAGGGUGGCUAUGCUUCAUGUGCAACAACCCUGAAAAGGCCACAGGUGUGAACCAGGAGGGUCAGCCUCUCAUUGAGGGGAAGCUGAAGGAGAAACAAGUCCGCUGGAGAUUCAUUAAGCGCUGGAAGACUCGCUACUUCACCUUGGCAGGAAACCAGCUGCUCUUCAGGAGAGGCAAAUCAAAAGAUGAGCUGGAUGACAUUCCAAUUGAGUUAAACAAAGUGCAAAGCGUCAAGGUGGUGGCUAAGAAGCGGCGUGACCGAGGCCUACCGCGAGCCUUCGAGAUCUUCACAGACAAUAAGACGUACGUCCUCAAAGCUCAGGACGAGAAGCACGCGGAGGAAUGGCUGCAGUGCAUCAAUGUGGCCGUCGCUCAGGUCAGGGAGCGGGAGAACAGAGAGGCCACCACCUACUUGUGACUGCAGCUGCACAACUGCUACUUGGUAGUCGAACCCACACAGUGGGCCUCACCAAACAGUAUGUCAAAGUGUUCAUUUUCAUUCAAUAAAACAUGAUGUCCGACCAAACAAGAAGCACAUACCACUUUUACCAUGACAAAAUGUGAUGGAAGCCAAAUUGUACAAUGAUCAGUAUUGCCAAUUCAUUACUUUGGGUAGGCAUAAAUACGUCAUUUUGCUACAGUUGAUCAAAAUGUGUUGCAUUUUGAAAAAUAAUUCUUCCAAAAUGUUCAGCUUUUGGUGCAUACAACUUAAAGGAGCAAACCAAAAAAAAAAAAGCCACCAUGGCAACGCCGCUGUGUUCAUGAAGAUCUAAAUAAAUUACAGAAAUCACGCGUGUUUGUAAAAUAUGACUUUAUUCUCAUUAUUACAUAUAAUUAAUGUAAUUAAGAAACCAGUAAUUUGCUAGAUCAAUUGAAUAGUUGCAGUGUAUAUGUAUACAAUAUUUGAUUUUUGUUUCUUCACGAUGAAUCAGAUCGCAAAUGAUUUAAUGAGAUAAAGGAUGUUUCAAUUAUCUCAUUGCAGGAGGAACUUUGGAAGUGUUUUGCUUCUGCCCCAGAAAAAAAAAAAACAUAUUAAACAUGAAAAUGAUCACUUUAUAAUGUAAAACUUAUGACAGUACAACGUGAACUUUAUUUUAUUACAAUAUAGAACUUAGUACAUCAAAAUAUGAACUAUAUCACUUUAUAACAUCAAACUUACAGUAUCACCUUAAAAUGUUGGCGUUUUGACAUUGUAAUUUUAAAAUUCAUCACAUUACAAUGUGAACUUUGUGUUAACACGUUUUAACAAGAAACUUAUUACUAAAACAUCAAAUUCAUCACUUAUGAAAUAUAUCAAGACGUAACAUUAAAUUAGUCACUUUAAAAUGUGAAAUUUAUCGCACUUACGGUGUUACAAUGAUCACCCUAAAAUGUCUAAAUCGUCACGUAAUGCUAUCUUUAUCAAAUUGAUGUAUGAAAUUUGUUGAUUUUAUACUGUGAAAUUCUUUAUAUUACAUAUGACUGAACUUAUUUUUUCCUAGUUUGGUACCAACACGCUGCCAAAUUAAUUCAAGGAACAAUCAUCUACGUUGUAUUCUUAAUAAUAUAAAUUCUAAAUGGGCUGUUUUAAAAACUGAGCAGGUCAUAUCAUGUCUGGCUCACCUCUGGUGUAGCAAAGACCCCUUUACUUUGCCAUUUGAAUGUCGUAUUUCAUUUACAGGUUUUGUCACAUUCUUGGAAGAAAUGCAUAUUAUUUCAAAUGUCAAAUCAUGCCUUAAAUGUGUUCAUAAUAUUAGGUGUGAAGAUGAUUGUACGGAAAAUUUGAUCUCUUUUUUUGUUUUGCUUUCUCUGUGGUUUAAAAAAAAAAAGAAGCUCGCAUUACUCCCACACAAAGAGUAGUCUAUUUUAAAAAUUCUCAUCAGGGUCAUGUUGCUUUUCUUUCGCAACUGCUGUCUGGACUGAGAUAUUUUUGGGGGUCCCAAAGCCUAAUUUGAUGUUUUGCGGUGAUCUUGAACUGUUGCCUUACACUGCAGGGAAUAUGUAGGAGAAAACACUGCUGUAAAUCAACCAUUCGGUUUUCCAAGUGAUUUUGUGAAAGUUGUUGGUUUUCACCCAAUAAUUCAUUUAACUUUGUAUUCUGACCUGUUUACUCUUACAUCUCAGUUAAUAUACGGUGAUCCACUCUCAAAUUGUCCCCAGCAUAAAACAUUUUUUAACUGUAUAGACCAGUGGUGUCCAAACUUUUCCCUUAAGGCAGCUAUCAGAAAAAUCAAAGGGCCAUCUUUAAAUCUUUCCACUUUCAUCUGAUUAACAGAGGAUCUGAAUCUGGUUAAAAUAUAUAUAUAUUUUUUUAAACUUUUAAAACAACAUUUGUUUUAACUCAGUGCUUCUCAAUUAUUUUCUGCUACGCCCCCCCAAGCAAGACGUAAAUGUUUCGCGCCCCCCCCCAAACUCUCUGCCGCCACUGUAAAUAGUAUUAUUUGUCUAUAAAAUUACUAUUAUAAAUACGCAUCUGCCUAAUAUUGUGUCGUUUUUUUCUAAUAAAGAAAAAAAGUAACAUAGAUCAACUUAUAAUAAAGUAUAACUUUAUUAACAUUGUUUUGUUUGUAACAGAGAAGACUUGACGUGCAUCAAUUUGCCUGAAUAAAAAAAAAAAAGUUACAUUCAAACUGUAAAAAUACACUCAAGGUACAUUUUUGACCAUUUGAUACAGAAAAAUAAAAUGUAAUAAAAUCAGUAAAUAAUAACAAAUUCAAAAUGAUUAGAAACAUUCACUCGUGAGGACAAUAUGCCAAAAAAUUUGACCGAAAAAACAAAAAUGAAUAAAGGAAAAAAAGAGUGUCCUUGGACAGAAGGACAGUUUUUAUUUUUGCUGCUCACACUCAGUAUUACCUCCUUUGCAAUGGUGUGGAGUCAUAUUGCAAUGAGCAUGCUAACAAUGCUCACUGGUUUACUGAUAUAACACUGACAAAGCAGGACGAUUGUUGGCAAUAUUCGGCACGUUUUCGCUGAAAAACAAUCAAGCGGCUUAUCAAUGAGAUUGGGGUCGAAUGUCUUUAAGUGGCGUCUUAAUUGAUUUGGCUUCUGGCGGUUCGCUAUAAUUAUUUUUAGACACAGUCAACAGUCUUUCCUCAUCACCCACAGUAUUAAAAGUCAAAACUAAAAGGCAAACGGCACGAACAAAGCGCAUUCUCGGCGGCCGAGGUAGAACCGUAGGUGAGGGCGGUGGUCGUUACGAUCCCAAGCCGAAAAUGGCACUUAUCGGGCGGCGGCGUGAGAACCGGUGUUCUGCCAAAAUAUGCUACAUCGGCGAAACGUCCUACAUUAGUCGAAUUUGACACCUAAAGUACUACCGUGCGCUCUUAACUUGUUUUGUUUAGAUGCAUACAGGAAUAAGGUACUAAAACAAUGCCUGCAGAAAAUACUUAAAUGUAGUUAUAUCAAAUAAGGACGGUUUAAACACGCUACGUGACUAAUGUGGUCAACUGCUUCAAAGCUAACACAAAAAAACACAAUGGUUAAAAGUAUGAGAGGGUAAUACAUGCAAAAAGUAUCUUUGAGGCUGUGAAAAGGUUCUAAAUAACUAAAUAAAAACAAAAAUAGUGAGUAAUCACCGCCUCUAACCGAUGUGCGCAUGCGUGUGAAUGCAUGCGCAAGCGCCCUGAGCAUUGUGUAGGACGUUUCGCCGCGUAGUAAGGAAUGGCCGAACACCGGACAAGACAGUGGGUCGCUGCGUGAGUGAGUCCGGUCGGAAAACGGCGGCGGCGCACUGCUCUUCAUAUUUGUUUUCUGUGUGAUGAGUGCUCUUCCUUAGUUCAAAAAUACUGCACGCACUCUGAAAAUGAGAGCGCCACUGCCACCCACUGAGUGGAUGCGCAAGUACACUUUAUUCCAGUACGGCAGAAAAAAAAAAAAAAGCAUGUUCCCCGAGGUCACACGCCCCCCCCCCGCCAUCGCUCUGCGCCCCACCAGGGGGGCGCGCCCCACUAUUUGAGAAGUACUGGUUUUAACUUAAUGGCUGCUAUUGACGACGAGAGACAUACCAUCCAUUUUGAAUGGGAGGGUUGGCUGCGAUCGUUCGUCAAAAUGGAUGGGAUGUUUAUCGCUAUCAAUAGCAUUGAAACAUGACCACUCCAUACCAGGCUUUCAUAUUGAAAUGAGUAAUUCAGAGUUAUAAGGAUAUUGCAAAAUAUACCGUAGUUUUCGGACAAUAAACCGCUACUUUUUCCCCUCAUUUUGAAUCCUGCAGCCUAUAGUCAAGUGCUAUUAGUAAUAGUAUUUGUUGAUUUAUUUGGGUUAAUAGGGAACACUUUAUUUGACAGCGGCAUCAUGAGCCUGCCAUAAGACCGUCAUAAUUGUGACAUGACGCUAUCAUGGGCAUUAAUGAAAGCUUAUGACAGAUGUAAUUAAGUGUCAUCCGGCAAAUUAUGUCCCUAUCUCCAUUUAUGUCCAGCUCAGAUCUUUUAUAUUCAUUCAAAAGUGAGAUUAUUUGCCUAAUGACACAAAAUGGCGUCUGUCAUAAGCAUUCAUUAAUGCUCAUGGUCGUGUCAUGUCAUAAUUAUGAUGGUCUUAUGACAGUCUUAUGGCGCCACUGUCAAAUAAAGUGCUACCAAAUACCAUAACUAGCAAUUAAUGAAACAACUGAAACUAAUUAAAGAAAUAAUUAGCACAGAUCAUGAAUUUUGAUUCUUAUUCACAUCUGUGGUGCUGCAAUGCAUGCUAGGAGGCAUGUUGGACAACAACUGUGUUGACAGCAGGUGGCAGCAGAGAUUGACGAUUGAUGACUGUCUCCCCCAAGGGAUCAGUGAUGGACAAAUCAAUGAAGCUUUGCAGCCAAUUUGAUCCAAGCUUCAUGGUGGUUCAUUUGGUCUUCAUUUGGUCAUUUGACAGUUUUAUGAUGCCGCUGUCAAAUGUGUUACCGGUUAAUAUCUUUUGGUGUGCAUAUCCCAUAAUACAAUGAGGACAACUGCAGCUUAUAGUCCAGUACAUCUUAUCUAUGACCAAAUGCCGUUUUUGUGUCAAAGUUGGUGGGUGGCGGCUUAUAGUCAGGUGCGCCUAAUUGCCUAAAAAAUAUGGGAUGUAUUUAUUUACACUACUGAAACAACAUUGCAGAACAAAGAGAAAAUGUCCAGCGACAGCAAAAAAGUCAAGACAAUCACAAACAAGAUAGCUAAAUUUACAUUGGAUUAUUGUCUAGUAAAACACAGCGGACCCUCAUGAUACGAGCACAAUCCGUUCCACGACCAAACUCGUGACAUGACCAUGGUUUAGCCUUUGAGUGUUUUAAAAGCAACCUAGGAUAGAAAAACUUCUUCUAGUUCUUGAAAGAUGAACAUUAGUAUGGCUCAAAAUAAUUUGAUAUUCAAACCACUCUUGAUGAUUUUCAUACAAUUUGUAAAAUUAGUUUAACUAGUAGGUUGCAAUUGUUGUUGACGUCGCAGGGCGGUGACGUCACUGGGUUACGCUGCCGGGCUUCCAGAAUAUGACUCUUGUGACAUAAACAUUUAAUCUGUUCAGCCCUUUCAAUUUGAACCUGAGAGGAACAAUAAUGAGCAUGACGGCACUGUCGAUAUUUCACAAAACGAGCAGCAAAAGCAAAAUGAACAGGAAAGACGGAAUGGGACGAGACGAGAGUAGGACAAAACCGGUGUUCUGCCAAAAUGUGCUACACCAGUGAAACGUGCUACAAGAGACACAUUUGACACCCAAAGUACGACUGUACGCUUUCAGCUUGCUUUGUUUAGAUGCAUACAGGCAGAACAUACUAAAGCUGCCUUAAGAAAAUACUUAAACGUAGUAAUAUCAAAUGAGGGUGGUUUAAAUAUGCUACGUAACGUACCUAAUGUGACAACAAAACACAACAAUACUUAUAAGGAUAAGAAGGAAACACACGCAAAAAGUAUUUUGAAGCUAUGAAAAGAUAAUAAAAGGCUCAAUAAAAACACAACUUGUAAGUACCCGCCACUUUUAACUGAUGUGCGCAUGUGUUGGAUGUCUUGCCGUGUAGGAAGGGAUUGCACAACACCGGUAGUGUUCGUCUAGUGACAGUGACAGCUGCGAACCCCGCACUGUCGCUAGAUGCAGGUAAAAAGAAAAAAGGAAGUGUUCAAUAGCACACUGUUUGUAACAUUGAGUAAUAUCACAAGUACCAUGUUAUUUUUUUCUACAUCGAUGGUGUUUGUAUUGUUUAUCGAUCUACAUAUUAGUGGCAAUCAGUAACUCAAGUCCUCAGAUGAAAACCAACAAAUCUGUUACGGUCCGUGAAUACGGAAGGAAGUUAGGAUCCCAAAUGGCAGACAGCAAUAACAGAGGGAUUGCAUGCAAGGGUUUAUUUAACACAAAAAAAACAUGUGCUCGCGAAAAGGGAGACAAAAAAAGGCUCUGUGACAGUUGGUCAGGAUCAAUUAAAAAAACGAUGGAAAACAACAGUGAGAGGCAGACAAACGAAAAAAACAAGGCAAUGAUGCAACUAGCAAUGAAGGGAUAUACACACUGUCAAAAGGCAGCAAGUCAGUAUCUCGGCAACCUGCCUAGGAUCGUUUUAAAAACACUGCUGAUGAGCUGGAAUUGGAUGCAGGUACAACGUCGGGAACUCAUCCCAGAGCUCUGUAACAAAACAAUCUGACUAGCAGCAGAAUGUGACAAAAUCAUGCCAGUCGUCAUACUAGCUUAGCUUGCUAGCUAGCACAGCUAUUCCCCCAGUCCAGGCCAACUACGUCAUCUCCCCGAGUGUCCAUUGCGCGCAUAAAACACUGCCCUCCGUAGGUCAAAACGUACUAAAUAUCAAUUUUUAAAUUAAUGGCAAUAUUCCAUGUGUUUCUAAUUUUUUUUUUUUUUGUAAAAGUGAACAAUUGUGGCUUAUUAGAGCCUACAAGUCUUUAAGUCUGAGGUUCCUUUUAAGUAGAACAUUUCACCAUUCAUGUCGUAAGUGUAAAGAAAAGUUAACCAAUGUAAAAGUCAUCUCUGUUUUUAGGCAUCUGGUGGCUGCCUCACCGUUAAGAGGUUCUUGACUUAACAAGGAAAAAAAAUCUUUUAAAAAGUCUUUUAACUGUGGCGGCUCCACUGCACGUAAAUAUCUUCAUUAGACAUCUUUGGGCAACAGCUGCAACCCUUCUAGCUGCAGACAUAACAUUUGCUCAUAUUACCCACGUUGCGUUCUCUUUGCCCAUUUCCUCUCACUCGCCCCUCACAAUCAAAUUUAGUGUUAGCCAUCAUGUGGGUUGAGAUGUUACACCAUUUAGAUGCAAUCUACAUUCAUUAAAGUGGAUGUGUGUGGGAGCUGGUGGCAUUACAUGUGUGAAAUAUUGUGACAUGGAACAAAGUUGAGAGGGAGGAGGUAUUCAAGCAUAAUUCUACAAGGGAAGACCAAAAACAAGAGUUUAACCUGAUACUUGAGAACUGUGGGGCAGUCGUCCUAACCACUGGCUCAGUAUGCCAGUUUCAAGUCCCCUGCAAUAAAUACAUAUGGAUAAAGUCAAUGCUAAUGAUAGUAAGCAUGACAUUUCUGUCUUUAAUAGUAGUAAUUGCUUGAUUUUUUUUUUUUAAAUCAAAGAAUGUUUUUUUUGUGUGUGUGUGUGCAGAUGAUCAAUAGUGUAAAAUGACUACUGAAUGACCAACAUUGUCCUGUUCUUCCUUUGACUAUGAACUAUUAUUGAUUAUAUUUUUACCAUGUUGCAUGUCUAACUGCUUUUUCUCACCAUAUGUCAUCAAUAAAUAU